AUGCAGAAGCAGCGGGACCUGAGCGACAGGUGGAUCCAACACCAGCGGAGUGAAAACAAGGUUACCCCAACAUGGAGUUGUAUCUUCUGCCCUCAUAGGGCCAUCUUUAACGCAGAAGCGGCGCUCUGGGAGCAUGCUCUGGCGGAUCACAAGGCGCGGCUACUGGAAUAUGCGAACCAAGACGAUCUGGAGGCCUACCGGAAGAGGUUUGGCGAUGAAUGUGCGCUGAAGAAAUCAACACGAGAGAACUCUUCGCCACGAAAACCGAAUUACAAUGACGCAAACAAGGCUCAGCCAGAACCGCAGCCCGGCUCACAAAGCAAACGUCCUCUGUCGUCGCCGACCCAACGCUCUCUUCCGGGUCUCGCCGCUCUGAAUAUAAGCACACCACGGGGAAGUGAGGAUAUUGGUAUGCAAGAUUUGAGCGAGGCCGACCAGACUACAGCAGGAGAGCAACCUAGGAAACGUGCCGCCAUCGGUGACGGCAUCUCAGCAGGUAGUGCUAGCCCAUUCCGCGAUUCGUCAGCCUCGCCUCCUCCACGAGGUUCAAAAACAAGACCUACCUCGGCGCCGAACGGGUCGGCAAGUAACAUUAAGGAGAGAGAUAUGUUUGACAGACCAAGUGUUGGGAAUAAGAAACUCUGGACCGAGGCCUCCGGACCCCCACCGAGGUCCGCCGUUGACCUGUCGAAUGUUGCUAGUACCCCGCGAUCAAGAGCCCAGGCUUUCCAUCCUCGGCCUCGAAAACCAAAUCAACAAGGUCCGAGACUAACCCCCCAAAGUCCCUUUUCAAACGCAUCUAUUCUCGGCAACAGCUCUUCUUCUCCCCAAAACCGACAAACACGAGAAGACAACUACGACAUCAUCUUGCAGCCGGAGACGCGGCCCAUCAGUCAGGAAAAACUUGUCGCAGAGGUCAAAGGCAUCUAUGCUGGCCUUGUGAUGGUGGAAGCCAAGUGCAUAGAGGUCGAUCGCAAGCAAGCAACUCUCUCCCAAACAGAUCCUCCAUCUCAGCCGAAGCUCAACAACGAACAAUGGCAGGCGCUCAUUGCACUUCACCGAACGCUUCUUCAUGAGCACCACGAUUUCUUCCUCGCAAGUCAACACCCAUCAGCCUCCCCCGGGCUGAGACGACUUGCGUCGAAGUACGCAAUGCCUGCCCGCAUGUGGCGACACGGGAUCCACUCGUUCCUCGAGCUCUUGAGGCACAGACUGCCAGCGUCUCUCGAUCAUAUGCUUGCCUUUAUUUACUUGGCGUACUCGAUGAUGGGUCUCCUGUAUGAGACGGUACCAGCAUUCGAGGACACAUGGAUCGAAUGCCUCGGAGAUUUGGGAAGAUACCGGAUGGCCAUCGAGGACGACGACCUUCGGGACAGAGAGGUCUGGACCGGCGUUGCGAGACAUUGGUAUUCCAAGGCUUCUGACAAGGCUCCCGAGACCGGGAGACUGUAUCACCACCUUGCGAUCCUUGCCAGACCCAAUGCUUUGCAACAGCUAUUCUACUAUUCAAAGUCACUUUGCGUGGUUACUCCUUUCACCUCGGCACGGGAAUCGAUCUUGACACUCUUCGAGCCCGUAUUAAAUGCAGACAACUCUCAUGGCCAAUACCUGCCACCCUUCGAUAUGGCAUUCGUCAAAGCCCACGGACUUCUCUUCACCAACAAGAACAUGGAAAAAUUCCGGCCAACUGUUGACGAAUUUUUGGGACUGCUUGACAACCAAAUUGGCCGAGUGACCCGCAAGUUUAUGGAACAAGGUUACUGCAUUGCAGUUGCUAAUAUCGCUGCAAUGCUUGGAUUCGCCUCCAGUGAAAAAACCCCAAAUCCACUAUUCCAGGCGAUGACUGGGAGCGAGGCAGACGUCUCGUGCGUCGAAAUGGCUGGCGAGGACAGUCUUGCAGUGAAUGCCUUUAAGCGUGCCCGGCAAUUGAGCAACGAGACUCUGGAGAUCGUUCUUCGCAGAAUUGGGGAUCCCAAUGUCUUGCCCUUUGUACAUGUCACACUCGUAUUCAUGAAUCAUUUGGCUUACCAUCCUCGCGCGAUGGACUUGCUCGCACCAUAUUUUCCCUGGCAGUCUUUAGCAGUCAUGUUGAACACGAUACUAGAGCCUUACUCAACGCCAGCUCGUAUCGAAAGCACGGAAUUUCCCUUACCGAUCAAGGAUGAUGUUCGCCCAUUUCCAGAAGACUUCGCCAUGCGCGGACUCUUGUGGGCAGAAAACUACUACCCUGAAAAGUGGUUCACCAAUGACAAGAUUGACGACGCUGAGAAAUACCUCGAGGUUGCUUCAAUGACUGAUGAUCGUAAAGAACGAAUUCUUUUCCUUGCAUGUCGGUUGGCAACUACGUGCGACUCUUUCUGCUACGAUGGCACCUCAAAGCGGUUCUCAAUAGCCUCGAUCAAGUCCGAAUUGCCUCCCACCUCCUAA